AAUGGCAAGAAUAUGUCCACGACAGAACAGUUCACCCCGACGUUGUCUCCAGAUGGUGGAGGAUUGACCUCGUCCAGAACAGGCGACAGUUCCGUCCACAUUCCUGUCAUGGAAAAACAACGAGCCCACACCUCUGAAGAAUGGGAGGCGAUUCGCCCAAUCUUCACCAAAUACUACGCGGAGCGAGGAUGGACCUUACUCCAGACGCAGGAGACGCUCUUGAACGAACACAAUUUUUAUGCCACUCGGAAGAUGUACAAGAGCCGAAUCAAAUCCUGGGGUCUCAACAAGUACAUGAAAGCCAACGAAAAAGAAGUCAUUGCUCAAUUCAUUUCUGCAAAGGGUAUCUCUGGUCCUAACCUUCAGACUCUAUCUUACAAAGGUCGUCCUAUUCGUGCCGACCUCGUCCGGCGAUACUGUAAAAGGACCAAGGUCCACUCGGAUAUUGCCGACAGUCUCCCAGCCAAAGCUGAUCAGAAUAUGCUGGUGAAGCGCUCAAGGUCCAUGGUCGAACAUGAGUCAGACACCGAUCCCAACAUUAUCAUCGAAAGCGAGGAAGAAAUCGACUAUGAUGACCAAGCCACGAGUCAAGACGACAGAGACCAAGUCUUGCUUACACCUCCUUCAGCAUCCACUGAUCGAAGUCCGUACCAGUCAUCACUCGAAUUGAUCCUGACCCCGUCCCACUCCACGUCAACAGAUCUCAGCGAGCGUGCUGUAUGGCACGUCCUCCAAUACCUAUCCUGGCACUUUGCUUGUGAUACAUCAUUUCACGGCACCGUCUCAUUUCAGCCAGCCAGAGGAUGGAACGCUGCGCCGGCGAUUGGACUUGCGGCACGCAAUCAGCUUCCUGCUGCAAAUGCUGCCUCGUUCUUUGAGAAGCUCUUGUUCGGACUCGAGACCCUCGCCCAAGAAAGCUCGCAAUCACCCACUGGUUGGACCUUGAUCAACGAAGCAUGUGCAAUGGCUUCGGAUGUCCUCACAGAACAAUAUCGUGGAUUCUUGAAACUUUUGAUCAUGAAUUUCACCGACGACCGAUGGUCCAUCCUGCCAGCACUCCGCGAGCACCUUCUGCAAUAUCUCGCCUCGCUCGCGUCGCGGAUCCAUGGUCCUCACCAUUUCCUGACCAGCGUCCUUCAAUUGCUGAAAUCGGUCAGCGUCCUCGAAUCCACCGCCGAAGCCAUGAUGCAGGCGAUGAUUGACAUCUAUGAGCAAAAAUACCCCACCAUUGUCGAUUAUGAAGUUUGUCAAAUGAAACGCGCGUUGGCAGAUAUCUAUCGCAGGUCUCUCGACUUUGAAAAUGCAUCGCGAGUUUCUCAAAAGAUGUUGAUGGAGACGGAGAAUCUUAGAGGAUGGUAUCACGCCGACACUCGUCGUGCUGCGCGAAGGCUAGCAGACAUUCACAUUGACCAAGGGCAUUACGAAGCGGCGGAAAAAGAAUAUGAAGAUUUGUUACAGAGGUCACAGCACGUCGAUGAGGGAACCGUCUUUGCAUUGCAUGCUCUCCAGUUCAUCAGAAAUCGACACCACCACAAUUUUGCAAACACUAGGCAACGUCCCUGGGUGCAGAAUGACUACGAACAGCAUCUCCGUGCAGGGCUCGAGGCAAUGCACCUUGCCGAUGAAGAUGAAAUUGACCUCAAACUCAGAAAGUUCUCGCACUCUCUGAUAUUCCGUGAGAAGUGGCUGAGGACCCAACAGUAUAGCGACCGGAUAUUGGCUCGCUGGGCUAUCGAUAAGAAUACCGGCUGAGCCUUACAGAUAUUGGUAUCAUCGUUGAAUGAUAUCAUACCAGAAUCCACUUACAGCCAAAGAUUACGACGUCCGAGGAGUCACGUGUCAUAGUGGCUCUUCAAUGGGACCUCUUUGACCUAUAUCAACCUUAUGCUCACAACAUAUCUCUCACUACAGACCAUCACUGUAUGGUUGAGUUGCGCCGUCCAGCUCUUCGGGUCAGUCUUCUCGUCACCGUCUCACCACUAUCAGUGAGGCAAGAGCAUGGCUCCCUGUCGUGCGGAGGUCCUGUGGAGGUCGUGUGAUCCAACAGCGCACAGUCUCGUGGGCUGGACGGUUGUGAUACUUUCACAGCGACGAGGAAGAACGUGCUGAAGAUGUCAAUGGCAACCUUUCACUGAGCUCUUUGCUCAACACAAAUCCCAGCUCUACCGAGUUGAAGGAUAGACAAGCAUCACCGUGGCGUACAGACGAUUGAAAACUACCUAGUUUCAAUCUUCAAGGUCACAGGGCAGGUCCAAAGAUGCAAUGAUUGCAAAUCAGAGAAGUCUGAGCUCAAGCUCACUGCCUUGAAGAUGUCUUGGGCACCUUAGCAUAAGUCUCUCAAAACAUCAAUAUAUCAACACCGGCCGGUGCAAACAGAAGAACCUGUUGAUACAGAUUGAGGUGCUCCAUCAGAAAUUCUCGAGAUGAUUAAAUUUCUAGGCUGCGUAGCUAGGAUUGAUGGUGUGGUAUAUCCUGCAGUUGAAGCGGUAUCUGCCCCUGUAUCUGUCCCUGUAUCUGUCCCUGUAUCUGUCCCUGUAUCUGUCCCUG